UCAUAAGUUUUACUUUAAUAUGUGAGUUCAUUUGGUGCACAUCCGCAUACACACAAAAUAUAUUAUUUGCAAACUCCAUACUCCAUGCAUGCAUUUAAACUAAAUUGUGGUUUGUUGUAGCUGGACAGGUUUUUGGUAAAUAAUACAUAGAUUCACUUGUAUAUCAAGCGAGAGAGGAGACAAUAAUAUGCAAAAAAAGGAACUUGAUAUGACCGUGCAAAAAAAGUUGCUAUCUGUUUCUACUCUGGUUUGAUGUGUAAAGGAAAAAAUAAUAAUACUCAAGAACAACGAGAAUCUGUUAUUUGUUUUAUUUUGUGUCGUAGUUAGUUCCUCUGUACAGUUUGUGUACAAUAACGCAUGCAUGUCCAUUCUUGAUAUUGAAUUCAGUGUGUGAUUGUAUUAUCCAUGUGUAUAUAUGUACUUCUCUCUGGGUAAAUAUAAUAAUCUUAUAAAUUUUCUAGUUGUUUGUUGAGCAAGUUUUAAUCCAUUCUUAAGGACUUCGCAAUUUUGCAAGAAUUCAGAAUGGAAGCGAGAACUAAAACAAUUCUUAUGUGGACUGCGAUUGCUUGCCUUUGUUUCGUUGGGAUCCCUUUCCAUUUGAAGGGUGAAGACAGGGAACAUCUUGAAUUGGCAUUUAGCAACUACUCCAGAGCUUUUAACAAGACUUAUAAUGGCGAUUCAGAGGCAGACACAAGAUUGUUACAUUUCAAGAACACGCUGGACAAAAUUCACGAACUAAAUACUCUCGAAGAUCAGAAUAUUUUACUUGCAAUGCAUCCCAUUUUGAAAGGAAGCAAUGGGGAAUCAAAUAAAUUUCCAGAUUUGGAAAAGGACAAGGAAAUAUUACACAAAUAUUUGCUGCAGAAAAAGUGGAGACAUGGAACUCCCAAAAAUCAAGGUUACGCAGAGUGGGGACUAACCCAGUUUUCUGACCUGAGUCCUGAGGAAUUUAAGGCAAAGUACUUGCGUCCUGACAUUCAUGAACGAAUUAAAAAUCGUGAAAAACAUCAUGGAAAUCACCCAGAUCCACAUCACCAUCAUCACUACCACGGCCGACACGGAAUCAAGGUUUCAGAUGAUGGUUUUAAAGACAAUCUUAUUGUUACUCGAAAACGUAGAGCAUUGUCAUUUCCUGGAGACCUUCCGGACAAAGUUGACUGGAGAACUAAAGGUGUGAUUACACCAGUCCUUCACCAGAAAUCUUGUGGGGCUUGCUGGGCAUUUUCGACUGUAGAAACCGUAGAAAGUAUGCGUGCCAUUCAGACGGGAAAACUUGAAACGCUAAGUGUUCAGUACGUAAUUGAUUGUGCCACUAACGGAAACCUUGGAUGCAACGGAGGGGACACUUGUGGUGCUUUGGGUUGGAUGGAAGCCACUAAAUUGGUCCCUGCGAAACAAUACCCUUUGACAUUGGAGGAUGCAAAGUGCAGACUUCAGUCUUCAAAUACUGGUGUUCAAAUAAACUCAAAUUACACAUGUGACAGUUAUGAGGGAUCAGAGGAUCAACUUUUAACGGUGUUGGCCCAUCAUGGUCCGGUUGCAGCAGCCGUGGAUGCAACAAAUUGGCAAUACUAUGUGGGCGGUGUUAUUCAAUGGAAUUGUGAUGCAAACAAUAACCACGCAAUUCAGAUUGUUGGUUACGAUAAGACUGCAAACCCACCACAUUAUAUUGUCCGCAAUUCUUGGGGCACGGCCUUUGGUGAUAACGGGUAUUUAUACGUCGCCAUUGGAUCAAACUUGUGUGGAAUCGCAAGGGAGGUUUCUUCUCUGACAGUUGAGAUUUAAUGAAUAAUUCUUCGCCAAUCAUUGAUCCAGCGUGCCAUUGAUUCCUAAUAAUAUUUUAUUCUUGCGGUCGAUUAGUGUAUGUAUAUACCUAGUCGAUUUGAUUUACCUUAAUCUUAAAAACCUUGACAGAGCUGACCUGUGAUAUUUUAAUUUUAAGUGUGAUCCGUCCAAAAACCGCAUUAUGUACUUGUAUUUCAUUUUGUAUAUUACGUUUCUUUUCACAUGAAAUAAAAUAACUUAUAAACGAA